UCUCUCUCUUCCCCCUCUUUUUUUCCCCUUCUCCUUCCUCCCCCUUCUUCUUCUUCUUGUUCUCUUGCAGGGUACAAUGUUAAAAAGCCACCGCUAGUCGCCCCCAGUGCUCCUAGUCUUAUUUUUUUUUGUCUCUAGUGCAGAUUAAACGUCACGUCCGCACUUGAACUUGAAUUUUAUCCCAUUGUACGGAGGCAGACCCAGCCACAGCGAGACGGAGCGCUCCCAGGGAACCAGGACUCCGCCAUCUUCACAUUGCAAUAGAGCUCUCUCUCUCCCCAGUCCUAGCCAGAAGCACCGGGGGGCUGCCUGCCGAGAGAGAGAGAGACAGAGAGAGACACAGAGAGAGACCCUCUUCUGCUGCCAAGCAAAGGGAGGGAGACAGGGGGGCAAAGGCUGCCGCCAAAGCCUAGCCAAUAGAUAAGAGAGAGAGAGAUCUAUACAUCCGAUUCUAGACUCCUACAACAACAAAACCCCAACCUUGAACUGGCACAGUCUGGGCUGCCCUCUCCAAAGAGAGACUCUGAAGUCACCCACCGCCAAAGCUCGGGUGGUUUCCUUUCCUUUCCCCCCUUUUGCCUUUUCUCCCCAUUUUUUCCUACUUUUUUGGUGUGCCAGCGUGCGUCUCUCUUUUCUCAUCCCAGGUGGAAGGAAGAAGUGCACUUUGGUGGCUCUUUUUCUCCUCUCCCUACAUUUUUUUCUCCUUCCCCCCUUCCAUCUCUUUCCCCUUCUCCAUUCUCUGGAAAAAUAAAAAGAAAGUCUUUCUCUGCGCUUGGUGAAAAGGGGGAAGAGGAGGAGGAGGGAGAAAACCAUCCUUCUCUCUUCCCCUGAAGUUCAAGAAACAGAUCUGGAAGCGGUUGCAAAGGGAGGGGGGGAAAACCCCCAAAGACAGUUUGCGUUGCCUGGCGAAAAUCACCCCAAGCAAGCCUCUCCCCCUCUCUUGGCUUUGGUGCCGGUGCUGGUGGUGAUGAUGAUGAUGUUUUAAUUGAAGGAAGGACCUCGCCUUGAGCGCGCCAAGCAGGCAGAAAGAAAGAAAGAAAGAAAGAAAGAAAGAAAGAAAGAAAGAAAGAAAGAAAGAAAGAAAGAAAGAAAGAAGGGGGGCUGCCCAGAGUUUCGCCUCUUUCUCCAUCCAGGGCUUCCUCGCUAUCGCCGCUCUUCACCUCAUCACCAUCUACAUUGUGUUUUCUUUCUUCCACCAAGAAGAAGAAAAUAGAAGAAGAAGAGAAAAGGAAGAAGAUUGCUCCCCCUUCUUCCUCCUCCUCUGACCCGGCUCUCAAGUCCAGCUCUCCGGGCGAUGACCGUGUAAAUGCCAGGGCAAUGUCCCGUCGCAAGCAGGGCAACCCGCAGCACUUAUCGCAACGGGAAAUUAUCACGCCAGAGGCUGACCAUGUGGAAACGGCCAUCACCCACGAGGAUGAGAGCCUAACAUUAGGAGAGCCACUGGGGCUCAGCAUUGUAACGGGUGGAGCCGACCCCGACCUAUUAACCUGUGGACAGUGUCAGAUGAACUUCCCCCUGGGAGACAUCUUGGUUUUUAUAGAGCACAAGAAGAAACAGUGCAAUGGCGCUGGAGGUGCCUGCUAUGAAAAGAAUCUGGAUAAGAGCAGUCCUCCCCCUUCGUCACGCUCCGAGCUCAGGAAAGUGUCAGAGCCAGUGGAAAUCGGGAUCCAAGUCACACCCGAUGAAGAAGAUCGUCUUCUCACGCCUACAAAAGGAAUUUGCCCCAAGCAGGAGAACACUGCAGGGCCGUCCAGGCCUACAAAUCUGCCAGCGGCCUCCAUAACUGCCUCCUCCCACCCUCACGCAUCAGUGAUCGCACCGCCACCUCUCCGUGCUCUGACCUCAAUCCCACCCUGCCUGAGCCUACUGCCUUGCUGCGGUGUGCGCGCAGACUCAGUUGGCGGGGCUCACAGUGAGACAUCAGGCACAUUUGGAUGUCAUUGUCAGUUGUCAGGUAAAGAUGAGCCUUCAAGCUAUAUUUGCACAACAUGCAAGCACCCUUUUAAUAGCGCUUGGUUCUUGCUUCAGCAUGCCCAGAACACACAUGGAUUCCGCAUCUACCUGGAAACAAGCCCUUCAAACAGCUCCCUUACUCCACGCAUCACCAUCCCUCCUCCUCUGGGACCCGAGACUGUUGCACAGUCCCCGCUGAUGAAUUUCCUUGGCGACAACAACCCUUUUAGUCUCUUGCGAAUGACUGGUCCCAUCCUGCGUGAUCAUCCUGGCUUUGGUGAAGGUCGACUCCCCAACACGCCUCCCCUCUUCAGCCCACCACCUCGUCAUCAUCUGGAUCCGCAUCGCCUUAGUGCCGAAGAAAUGGGGUUAGUUGCCCAGCAUCCCAGUGCCUUUGACAGAGUCAUGCGUUUAAACCCCAUGGCAAUUGAGUCGCCAGCGAUGGAUUUUUCCAGAAGGCUUCGAGAACUGGCGGGGAACAACUCCACACCUCCACCAGUCUCUCCUAAUCGCAACAACCCUAUGCAUCGCUUGUUGAAUCCUUUCCAGCCAAGUCCUAAAUCUCCUUUUUUGAGCACCCCACCCUUGCCACCGAUGCCCCCGAGCAGCACUACGCCUCCCCAGCCUCAGGCUAAAAGUAAGUCCUGUGAAUUUUGUGGGAAAACAUUUAAGUUCCAGAGCAAUCUCAUCGUCCACCGGCGAAGCCACACAGGAGAGAAGCCCUAUAAAUGCCAGCUCUGUGAUCAUGCUUGUUCCCAAGCCAGCAAGUUAAAACGCCAUAUGAAAACACAUAUGCACAAAGCUGGGUCUAUGACGGGAAGGUCAGAUGAUGGCCUGUCUGCUACAAGUUCCCCUGAGCCUGGCACAAGUGAACUCACUGGAGAGGGACUAAAGUCUAGUGAGGCAGACUUCAGGAAUGAGAGUGAUCCUUCUCUAGGCCAUGAUAACGAAGAAGAGGAAGAGGAAGAAGAAGAGGAGGAGGAGCUGGAAAAUGAAAGUAGACCCGAGUCUAGCUUUAGUAUGGACUCAGAACUAAGUCGUAAUCGAGAGAAUGGUUCUAAGUCAUUGCCAGAUGAAAAGUCCCUUGUCCUAGGAAAAGUGAUAGAGAAUGUAAGCCUUGGUACCAUCCAACAAUACAGCGACAUGCUAGCUGAAAAGCAGAAAAGAGGUGGCUUCAUGAAGAGGUCUUCAGAUCAGCGAGAUCUCUGCCCUCGAGACCUUUGUCAGAGAGACACAGGUGAUGAAGACUCAGUUGCUGGAGAACUUGACCGUACUGAGGAAGGGACUGUCAACGGUAGAAACUUUGGUCCAGGUGAGCCCUUUCCGAGCCUGUUCCCCCGCAAGCCCACCCCUAUCACAAGCCCCAGUUUAAAUAACUCAUCAAAAAGAAUAAAGAUAGAAAAAGAUCUGGACUUGCCACCAGCAACAAUAAUACCUUCUGAAAAUGUUUACUCGCAGUGGCUGGUAGGUUAUGCAGCAUCAAGGCACUUCAUGAAGGAUCCAUUUCUCGGAUUCACAGAUUCCCGACAAUCCCCCUUUGCAACUUCUUCUGAGCAUUCUUCAGAGAACGGAAGCUUGCGUUUCUCCACUCCACCAGGUGAUAUGCUAGAUGGCGGUCUCUCAGGGCGCAGUGGGACGGCGAGCGGAGGCAGCACGCCCCAUAUCAGUGGACCUGGCCCCGGUCGACCCAGUUCAAAGGAAGGACGGCGGAGCGAUACAUGCGAGUACUGUGGCAAAGUCUUUAAGAACUGCAGUAACUUAACAGUGCAUCGCCGGAGCCACACAGGAGAGCGGCCUUACAAAUGUGAGCUCUGCAACUAUGCAUGUGCCCAGAGCAGUAAGCUGACACGUCAUAUGAAAACACAUGGCCAGCUAGGGAAGGAGGUCUACCGCUGCGACAUUUGCCAGAUGCCCUUUAGUGUUUACAGCACUCUGGAGAAACACAUGAAAAAGUGGCAUGGUGAACAUUUGCUGACAAAUGAUGUCAAAAUUGAGCAGGCAGAAAGAAGCUAAGGCCCCUUCUGGGUUAAAAUCUGGGGUCUAGGUAACAUUUAAGUUGUACAGUUUUAACUAUUGCCAACUAAGGAAAAGCUGACCUAACUUGCCUCCAUAAACAUAACUUAGCAUAACUAUGGCAGGUGCCAGAAUUUGGCACUUAAAUAUAACCUGUGUCUACAAAGUUCUAUUAAACCUGAGGAUUGGUUAAGGCAGUAAAAAUUGUGAAGCCUUUUAACUGUGCAAUAAUUUCUGUAUUUAUUCGGUUGUUUUGUAUUUUUUUUUUAAUUUUGGCAUGUGCAGGUACUUUUUUUUAAAAGAAGAUUUUUUUUCUGUUUUAGAUUUUUUAAAAUUUUUUGUUGGGUAUCCAAUUCUAAUUUUACCCAGUAGUAACCUGAGAUUAUUUGCAUUGCAGGGGGAGAUACAUAUCAAUUUAAAUUAUAAUUUUUAAAGGGCCGCUGCUUUGUUGAAUCUUAUGCUAAGCAUGUGUAAUUUCUUGUGAAGAAGCCAACAUUUUAAGUAAUCAUUUUCCUAUUUUCUUUCUAUUUCUUUUUACUGUCCUUAAAAAAAAAAGAAAAGAAAGAAAACCUUUUGAAAAUUGGAAAAUAUGAAACAGAACCGCGGAUAACAAUCUUUUAAAAAUGUAGCACUUUCUUUUUGAAUUUGGAUCUGUUAUGUAGCACUGAUGAUGCCACUAAAAUAGAGGCCUUUAUAGGAAAAGGAAAUUUUCUUUAUACACUUCCAGAGCAGAAGUUGUGAGCACUGAAAAGAAAUGGGCAUAGGUGUUUUCUAAAGGCAGCUAUAUUCGCACAAGCAAUAGCAAAAAUUGUGCAUUAUUAGUAGGGAAUUUGUUUCUAAUGGCUACUUUUGACCUUUCUGCCAUUUUAAAAUGGUUCAUAAAGCUUGAGAAUCCUGACAGAGGCAUAUGCAAGUUUAGAAAGCGUGACAGAAAGUAAGCCUUGUUUGUUCUUCUCAGGCACCAUGUAUGUUGAUGCCUUGUUCACAUUAAAUAUGAUACACACAAAAAUUGGAGUUCUCAGUUGAUAGUCUGAACACAGUUAUAGCUAAUCAUUCCAUAGGAAAUAGAGUCAUGGACCAAACCAUGUUUUACGUUGAACAACUUGACUAAGAAGUGUUUGCACUGGAUUAGUUUAGUUAGUGCUGCCAUUCUGGUAAAUUUGCAUAUGACCUGAACUGUAUAUUUGAAUUUAAAAAGCCAUAUUUUCUUCAUUUUUAAGAUGAUGCAUGUACAUAGCAUAGUAGGUGCUCAUCUUAAAAUGUCCCAGGUUUAGUG